AUGGGCCCGCCGAUUUCGGGGUUCAUAGCCGAGGCGGUCCUGCAACGGUUAGAGUCGCUGGUCUUCCAACACCACAGACCGAAAUUCUGGGCUCGGUCUGUGGACGAUACCUUUGCCGUCAUCGAACAGGAUCAGGUGCUAACGUUCGAUGAACGUCUAAACAGCGUCUUCCCGGUCAUACAAUUCACGAUGGAGGAGGAGGAGGAGAAGGAGGAGGAGGAGGAGGAGGAGGAGGAGGAGGAGGAGGAAAAUAACUAG